GGGGGGGUGAUUGCAGUCUCUUCCGUACCACGUCAACUGCGAGGUACUUUUCUAAUACAAUGCCUUCAUAAUAAUCAUAAAAAGCAAGUUUGAUUUACGUUCACAAGCGAUUUCCCUUAAAUCUGCCCGUCAAGAAAUUACAGAAUCAAACGACUUCAUCAGCACACUUACAAACUUCUGCAAGAGACCAAACGUAUAGAGCGCUCAGGGACAUACUUCCUGCGAGGUACUACACUGAGUCCACUUCACAUUAAAAAGUUAAUAGAACUACAUCUGUUCCAUCAACGUACAUUUUUGAACGAUAAGUACGAAACUCAAAAGUCGGGUAUUACUGGCUGCUUAUAAUCCGCAGUAAUUUACCAGAAAAAAAAAAUCAUUUAUUUAAUAUGAAACGGAAAAAUAAUAAGAAACAAAAAUUAAUCUAUCCAGAUAGAUGACGAUUGCAAGUUCUGCCUUUUCAACAUGGCGAUACCGUACGGGCAGAGAGGGCGUUAUGACGUUUAAACCUAUAGGACGCGUCAGUACGCGUUUCAAAAUUUGAACUGGCAAGCGGGAGUGGUAGAGUACUGUAAAUAUCAACAAUUUAGAAGAUAUAUAGGUAUCGUCACGUUGUAAACGGCAAUUUGUAAACUGCAACAGGCAUAAAAGGACUAUUGAAACUAGAUGGUAUGGAGCAGUUGCUACAACUGUCUCCUCUGAUGGCUGGAAGAAGUGAUGAUGACAAAACAGUUAAGGCAAACUCUAAUCUACCGAUGCUAAAAAAGAGGAUUCUGAGUGAUGAAAAUAUACCUCAAUCUGCAGUGAAACGUUUACGUGAUAAUGGUGCAGCCUCCACACGACCCAAAUUGGCUACGGAUAUAGCAGGAGUGUGGUCUUGCGAUGGCUUUUACGUGGGGAAAACCACUAGAAGACACAGUGACAGGAUCAAAGAACAUUUUCAAGCUAUUAGAAAAGCCAAACGAUCCUUUGAAAAUAUACGCCUUAAGAUAUCCUCAUCACCCCCAGCAAAACGAUCCUUGGAAAAUGUACGCCCUAAAGUCACAUCUGCCACUGUGGUUGGAGUACCAACAAAGGCACUUUCUGUGGUGGUGUCCAAAAAACGUCCCGGUUGGGACUUGAAGGGGCAAGUGGCAGAUAUGCAAGAGAAAGUGUCUGUCUACAAAGGAAAGAUGCACUAUCUGACUGAACUGAACAGAAGUUUGCAAGAAGAACUGGAGCUGGUGAAAAGUCAUCUUAAGAACAGUAAGGCUGAGGCAUUUAAUGCCCAUCAGCAGAUCAGUGCGAAAGAUUUGGAAGUAAAGACGCUGUUGGCAGUGCAGCAAGACUUAAACACAGAACUGCAGAAGUCUAAGACUGAGCUGCUUAAUGUGAAGUUGGACCGAGACAAUUUUUUUAAUGUAUGCAAUACUCAGAAAGAAGACCUUGAUGGCCUAAGAGCAACUAAACAGAAUCUCUCCAAUCUUCUUGAGUUAAAGGAGGGACAAAUACAAGUAACUGAAGCAAACUUAUCCCAGGCCAUGCAUGAACUUGAACAGCUGAGGAUUCAGGUUGCAGAUCUGAAAGCAGAAACUGCCAGGCAAGCUGACGAACUUUGUGCACAAGAAAUGCAGAGACGGAAGCUGCAUAACAUUAUCCAGGAAUUGAAGGGCAAUAUCAGAGUGUUCUGUAGAGUCCGACCUCUUAUUGGAGUGGAGAAAGAGAAGUAUGAGCAGAUCGAGCACAUCUCAUUUCAGGAUGACCGCAGUAUAAUUCUUUACAAAGUUGAAGAGUCUCACACUGGACGUGAAAGAAAAGAAGCUGUGAAAUACCACUUUGACUUUGAUUGCGUUUUUCAGCCAACAGCAACUCAAGAAAUUAUAUUUGAAGAACUUUCCCUCCUUGUACAGUCAGCCCUGGAUGGCUAUCAUGUUUGCAUUUUUGCGUAUGGUCAGACUGGUAGUGGGAAGACCUAUACAAUGGAGGGUCCUGAUAUUGUGACUCUAGACACCAUGGGUAUGAUACCUCGAGCAGUGGGUCAGAUCUUCAAACGAGUGGACGAACUGAAAAAUAAGGGCUGGAAAUACUCGUUCACUGCAAGCUUCAUUGAAAUCUACAAUGAAACAAUCCGUGACCUCCUUGUCAGCAAACCUGAGAAGAAUGUGGAAUAUGAAAUCAAGAGAGUGAGCCAAACCUCAGAAGAGCUGUACGUUACAAAUCUGAAGUAUAAGACUGUUACUUCUGAAGAGGAGGUACACAGGCUUUUACAGAUUGCCAGAACCAACCGCUCUGUAGCAAAGACAGCUAUUAAUGACAGGUCAUCAAGAAGUCACAGCGUAUUCCAGCUGAAAAUUGUCGGAAGGCAUGAGGAUCGAGAUUUAAAUGCAUCUUCUGUAUUAAGCCUGGUUGAUCUUGCUGGUAGUGAAAGGCUAGACAAAUCUUUGUCAACAGGAGAGCGACUGCGAGAAGCACAGGCUAUAAACACAAGCCUUUCUACCUUAGGUUUGGUCAUCACAUCCAUCUCAAAUAAGGAAUCUCAUAUUCCAUUCAGAAAUAGUAAACUGACAUAUCUUCUCCAAAAUUCUCUGGGUGGUAACUCCAAAACGCUUAUGUUUGUGAACAUCUCUCCAUGUGAAGAAAACUUUUCAGAGUCUCUUAAUUCCCUCCGUUUUGCAAGCAAGGUGAAUGAGUGUGUUAUAGGAACUGCUCAUGCCAACAGAAGAUAAGGAUCAAAACUUCGAAUUGUGUACAGUCAAUAAAUCCCACAUGGGUGCAUUGUGCCUUAAUGGUGAUCCCCUGGCUUAGUUAUCCCUUGUUGUAAGCAGAGAUCCUGUGCUUAAUGUCACAAUGAGAGCAGUCGUGGGACUACAGAGUAAAAGAGCAAAAGAUAAAAGUGGCAUAAAGAGUGAUGUACUGAGGAGGGGGAAUGCAGCAGACCUGAACCCACUUUACUGUUUAAAGUAAUGUCUACACAUAUGUUCUGUAACAGUCUGCCUAGGGCUAUCUGACUUGUCAUGGCUUACUACCAGUGUACAUAAGCCCCACUACAAGUGUACUUUUGAUGUGUGUCUCUCUUGUUUUUGUAUAUAUUUCAGUGUAAUGAUCUUUUGUAAUGUGUUGCUGUGUAACUAUUUAAAAAAAAAAAAGAAAAUGGCAAAGCUUUUAUAAUAUUUAUAACUGUUAGGUGGUCUUAAAUGUCAAGCGCACUGCCUCCAGCAGGCCACAUUAAGGGCAUAGUGUUGCAUAAUUUGGUACUUUUGCUGAGUCAUAGGCGCUGCUAUAUUCCUUUUGCUGAGUGAUGAGCAGUAUCUUCCUGUCUAAAAUCAAAAGGUGGCUGUAGUUGCCAGGUUCUGUAGUCAACUUGCAUUUCUUUGCGUGUAACCUACUGAAGUCUUUAAUUCCAUGUUAAAUAUGUAUACAGUUGGUUUCAAGAAAAAAUACUUGUCUAGUAAAAGGUAUUUUGGUUACCAAGCUGAAGCUGCUUUAGCCAUAGUCCUCUUCUAGCUUGCUUUCCAGAUUUCCUGUGAUCCUUGCUUUGAAUCUCUGGAGCAAGCACUGGCAAGGCAAAUCCUUGUUUUUUAUUAAGUAAUCCCAACCCAACUUCAUUUCCAUCACAUCCAUAUGAUGAGAAAAAACCCAGAUUGUGCAUUGCCCAUCUGAACAUCAUAACUCAUUAUGAAGCUUUCUCAUGUAACCUUUUUUAUGUCUUUUAAGUGUCUUAAUAGAUUUCUACACGUUUUGUAUAUACUGGUCACAGUGAGGAUUAGAUCACUAAGAAUAGCAAAAUUUUGUAUCAGCAAAACAUUUUCUUGGUAGUGAAUGAAAUAUACAUUUUUAACAAUUGAAAAUAACUUUUUUUUUGCAGUUUAGCUCAUAGUAGAGGAGUUUCCCUGUCAGCAAACCAGAAACUAUUUUUUCAGCAAGGUUUUUAAUUUUCUUAAGAUGAUGCCACAAAACUGGAAUAUUCAUCCAUAUAAUGCUCAUGUUAGAGGGACAUUCAACCUCAAAAUUUGGAUAGCAAUUUUUGUGCUAGUGAAUGAGUUAAAAAUCUUUUAGAAGUUCAGAACCAAGGUGUUAUGCAUCCCCUUUAAUAACGACCAUUGUAUUUUUAUGUAGUCUUUUAUACAAUGUUGUUGCAAUGUAGUUGUUGCAUUCCCAAUAAAACUGUACGUGAAAAAGUU